CUUCCUCACUCUCUUGUUCAACUAGGGUCCCACAUAAAAUGAAUAUACAUUUGCAUGCACCUAUACUAUCUCAUCUUUUUUUUUUUUUUUUUUUUUACCUGGCUUCUUUCGUUUGUUUGGAUUACGGCUAACAGGUUUACGAGAAGUGAAAACUUGUUCGUCAUCCUCUUCCUCGUCGUCCUCUUCUUCGUCUACCUCUUCUUCGUCUACGGCCUGAAUAAUUUCUCUUUCUCCCUCCUCCUCCUCCUCCUCUUCUU